AUGAAUCAGGUGCGUGCUGCAAAAGCAUUGGUUGCUUUUGACGAUGCAACCCCCAGAAGCCUGCGAACUAAAAAGUCUUACACGGCCGAGUAUAAACUUGAAGCAAUACAGACGGUUAAAGAUGGCGGCACCGUCAAAGGGACGGCAAGAAGGUUUGGUGUACAGCCAUGUCGGAUAAGGGACUGGGUUCGUAAAGAGGACUUUGUCGACGAGCAGCAGAGCGACGGCUGCGUCGUCACGGCGAAGCUGCUGCAGCUGCAGGCGCUGACGAUUGCACGCGAGCUCGACCUGCCGCCGUCGUUCCGCGCCUCCGCCAAGUUCCUGCGCCGCUGGCGGCUGAAGUACGUCGGCCGGCAGACGGUGUCCGGCACGCGUCAGCUGCGGGCGAUCCCGGCGGACUACCGCGAGAAGCUGCGUGCGUUCCAGACGAUGCUUGUGCGGCAGAUGUCGACGACGCGCUACCGGCAGAGCGUCGUCGUGGGCGUCGGAGAGACGCAGGUGAGCUACAUGCCUCCCGUGUUCGUGUGCGGCACCAACUACAACGCGGGCAAGAUGAGCGUGAUACUCGCGGCGCGCGCGACGGCAGUAAGCUGCCCGGUGAGCGUGAUCCUAAUCGACCCGAGCAUCGACUUCCUGCCGGACAUCUACUGCCACCUGGCGGGCAUCCCCGAUAACAUGUCGAUUCACUCGAGCAGCAACGGGCUGCUGACGCGCGCCGUCAUGCGCUGGUGGAUCGACGACAUGUCCGCGCAGCAGACGCUGGCGCCGCGCGAGCGUCUGCUCGUCAUGCUCGACGCGGGCGCCGCGCGCGAGAACGCAGAGUUCACGCGCGCAGCGGCAGCGGCCAACUGCGACCUCGUCUACGUGCCGCGCUGCUGCGCGCCGCUCUGCAACCCCGUCAACGUCGGCAUGGUGCGGCCGUUCGCGCUGCGGCUCGAGGAGCUACGCGGCCAGUGGAUGCAGGAGCGCAUAUGCGCGUGGCAGUCGGGCGACGAUGGCGGCGGCGGCGACGCGGCGGAGGAGGCGGGCCUGCUGCAGCCGACGAGCUUCGACCUUCUCACGUGGAUCGCGACCGCGUGGGACGAGGUCUCUGCCGAGGAGAUCCGCAACGCGUUCGUCUGGUGCGGAGUCUGCGACCCGGGGAACGGUGGCAGGGAGCGCGCGUUCGCUCACGUGCCCCACGUCAUGGCACGCCUGCAGGAGGACGCUGACGGCGCGGGGAUCGCGCGGGCAGGAACGCCGACGCCGGCGCAGCCCGAGACUCCCAGCUUCGUCAGGGAGGACUCUAACGGGGGACUCCUGAUUAAUUAUGCAUCAUAACGUCAUGGCGGUUCGUAGCGGUCGAGACCAGGGAGUUCCAACUUGGAACAGGAUACUGUCGUUAGUGCUGGACAUCGCAUCCGGACCAGAAAUCAAACUUUGGUGCUACCACUGGAACUGAUCCACAACUAUAAUCUAACAGCAACCUGUGCGAUUCUGCUUGUGUAUCUGACAGUAGUGCGUUGGAGAUGAGCGAUUUUGAUUGGAAAUGUUUGUGACAACCUCGAGUGCAUUGAUAUAGGGAAUUGUGGCACCAGGGAGGGAUUGAUGUUGGUGGUUACGGUCGCCAAGGAGGAAUAUGAGAUGAAGAGAUGAGAUGAGAUGAUAGAACUGAAGAUGAGGAUGAUGAGACCAAGUAUUAUGAUGGGAUGUGUAGAAAGCGAUUGUAGAGAAGAAGAUUGACCUGCACGAAGUGGAGAAGGACGUGUUAGGAACUCCAGAUGAGAAGAAACCACACAAUGCACAGGAGAAGUCAACGCAACAGGAAAAGAAAGCCAAGUGAUACCAGGUUUAAUUGAGACCGCUGAACAAUUCGAUGCAAGCCAUUUGCUGGUGUUCAAUGUGACGAUAUCUUGUCUGACUCUGAAUAGAAUGGCAAAAUACUAGCAAACUGGUCUAAAUAGAUCUUGAACGUGGUGCAAGUAGUCAUAGGACGGCAAGCCAUUUUUCACAGAGGUUCAUCUUUUUAUCAGAUCAGCUUUAUGUGACCUCAAGAUGCAAAAUAAUGCUGGACGUUGUAGAAAUUGUUGAUGAUAUUUGUUCGGUGUCUGUUCUGUUAAAAGCAUUUAAUAUAAAACAUGUAUAUACAGUGUACUGCCUACCAAUAAUAAUUUAAUGAUGAUUAAGUUUUAUAAUGAAUGUAUGUGAUCGUUCUUUUAUUACUGUGGCAUAAGCAUGAUCAGUAAAGAAAUCUUUCACGAAUAUGAAAUGAUAAGGUUGAUAAAACGCACAUGACUGGAUCUUUUAUUUUUCAUUUUUUAUUUUUAUCGAUACCACACAAAUAACACGUCUAAAACUAGUUGUAAAAACUUGAGAAUGGUACUGGUAGUGUGAUGUUCGCUGGGACGGGUAUCACUCACUGCAUCGUGUAGGGUUUCAGGAAUCCGACUACACUUUUCUUAUAAAGAAUAAGAAAAUGAGAGAGUAUUCCGAUUAACUGCUUUGAGUAGUGAUAAAAACCACUGCUACUUUACAGUGCAAUUAUAAUCUAAUUAAGAUCCUACCCAUCAGGCUUGUGCACGUAGCGUCAGAAUUUGCACCUACCAACUAUGUCAACUCGAGUCAAAGAUAUAAUAGAAGAUAAAGUUGCGCAAAUAAAUUAUUUCUGCACUUCGCCAUGAUUAUCCUUGUUAGAACUAAUGUCUCCCUGUUGUAUCAAGCUUUCAUGAAGCAUGGAGGGGCAAUCUAACUUUUGUCUUUUGAUGUAACAAUAAGAUUUUACAAUAACCGACCAA